AUGGCUUCCCAGGUUGUGUGCGGACUGAUCUUCAGGCUGCUGCUGCCAGUUUGUCUCGCUGCAGCGUGUCUGUUCCGGUACAAUGGGUUCUCCUUCAUCUACCUCAUCUACCUCCUGCUCAUCCCACUGUUCCCAGAACCCACCAAAACAACAAUGCAAGGCCACACAGGGCGCCUGCUUAAGUCCCUGUGCUUCACCAGUAUGGCCUUCCUGCUUCUGCACAUCAUCUAUCAGGUCACCAUCAACAGUCUGCUAGCAGGAGACAACAUAGAACCCAACUUCAACUGUUCAACAUGGGAGAAGUCGGUUCGACAGCUGGGCUUGGAAAGUGUCCGGGGUGCCGAUGCAGGAAACGGCAUCCGUGUGUUCAUCCCAGACAUCGGCAUGUUCGUGGCGGGCCUGGUCACGUGGCUGCUGUGCCUGAAUCUGGAGGAGAAGCAGCAGGUGAAAGACGCGUCGCAGCAGCACAACGCUGAUUGCGAGCCAGAUAGUCAGGAAAAGAAGGAAGACGAGACUGAGGAAGAAGAGGAGGAGGAGAAAAGGGAGGAGGUGGAGUUGGAGGAGGACGACCUGAUGUUCCAGGAGGACUUUGAACACGGGGAUGGAGAGAUGACUGGGGACGAGGUGGAGGAGACAGGAGAGGGGGAAGAAGGGGAAGGAGAAGAAGAGGAGGAGAGCUCCAAGAUGAAGAUCCUUCGUCAGAUAGCGGCAGUGGCGUCCAGAGUCAAGGAGAUCAUUGGGAAUCUUAUUACCACUGCAGGGAAAGUAGUGGUAACCAUAUUACUGGGCCUUACAGGCAUCAUGCUGCCCUCCCUGACCUCUGCGGUGUACUUCUUCACCUUCUUGGGCCUGUGUACCUGGUGGUCCUUCUGUCGGACCUUCCACCCGCUCAUUUUCAGCUGUCUGUGUGUCCUCAUGGCCAUCUUCAGCUCUGGUCAUCUGGUGGUUCUCUAUCUCUACCAGUUCCAGUUCUUCCAGGAGCUCAUCCCACCCGGGGAUAGCUACGCCAGUCUGUUUGGCAUCUCGUCGGUGGUACAGACUGACUGUUCCUACACCUGGAUGUUCCGGGUCAACCCGGCGCUGGCCUGGCACCACUAUGUCAACCCCAUCAUGCUGCUGGUGCUCUACUACACCCUGGCCACGCUCAUACGCUUUUGGCUCCAGGACCCCACAGACACGGUGCCUGAUCAGGGCGAAGGGGGGGAUCUGGGUGAAGGGGAGGAGCCUAUGGUCGAUAACAUCACUCCCAAAGCAGAGAAGAGGAGAGAGCUGUGGAGGAUGACUCACUACACAGAUGACAGAAAUCUUUCCACCCAAGAUGGAUACAGCACAUCUGAGGGCGUUUUUCUACCCCAGGUGUUGAUAGUAACCUCCAACGGGCCUCGUCCGGACUAUGUCCCCACCAACGGGCCUCUGGGACUGGACCUGUACUCCACACCGCAGUACAAACCAGGCCAACCAGACCUGGAGGAGGAGGGGGGCGUGGCACGAGCAAACGCAGCGGUAACAACCUUCAGGUUCAUCAUGAAGCAAAGCUACAUCUGUGCUCUCAUCGCAAUGAUGGCGUGGAGUAUCACCUACGUUAGUUGGCUGACCUUUGUGUUCCUCAUCUGGUCGUGCACGCUGUGGAUGGUGCGCGACCGACGCAAGUACGCCAUGAUCACUUCCCCCUUCAUGGUGUUCUAUGGGAACCUGUUGAUCAUCCUACAGUACAUCUGGAGCUUUGAGAUCCUCCACCCCGUGCCUGGGCUCUUCUUAAAGAAAGAGGUGCCCUUCCGGGAACUGGGUUCCAAGAUGCUGUGCCUGCUGAGUUUCUGGCUGCUGCUGAGACAGGCAUUGACAGAGAGGAAGGAGAGCCAGAUAGAAGAAGAGGUGCUAUCGGACAUCAGGGUCAUCCAAGCCCACAAGAAGGUGAAGGAGGAGGAGGUGGAUGAGAGCGGUGGCCACAGGGAGAUGAUGCAGGUGCUGGGCAACACGUUCAUGGCCAUGUUGAACAAGUACUGGAUCUACAUCUGCGCCGGCAUGUUCUUCUUCGUCAGCUUCGAGGGACGCAUUGUCAUGUACAAGAUCAUCUACAUGAUGCUCCUCCUCUUCUGUGUGGCCUGCUACCAGGUGCACUAUGAGUGGUGGAGGAGGAUGCUGAAGUACUUCUGGAUGUCUGUGGUGGUCUACACCAUGCUGGUCCUCAUCCUGGUCUACACCUUCCAAUUUGACUCCUCCAUCUACGUCUGGUCCAACAUGACCGGCAUGAGCAAAGACAAACUGGAGGAUCUGGGCCUGGAGAAGUUCUCUGUCCCGGCUCUGUUCAUGAGGAUCUUCAUCCCCACCUCCUUCCUGUUGGUCUGCAUCCUCCACCUGCACUACUUCCACCAGCGCUUCCUCCUGCUCACUGACAUCAAGACGGUGGCCGACAAACAGAAGAGCACAAUCACCAGGCUGGUGCACCUAGACGGCAGUCUGGCAGAUAUCUCUCUGAUCAAACCCUCCCUCACUGUGACCACCAAAGAGGAGGAGGCUGGGGAGAAGAUGCAGCUGGAAGAGGAGGAUGACAAAGAGAAGGAGGAGAAUAGAAGGGAGGAGGAGAGGAGGAGGUAUGAAGAACCACUGGAGCACUGCAGCAAGGCGGAGAACUACCCCUGCCCCCCUAAAGCACAACCAGAGUCUCCAGUCGACGAGAUGUCAGACCUGAGGAGUAAAUGGUAUCUGGUGGUGGACCGCCUCACGGUGCUCUUCCUCAAGUUCCUGCAGUACUUCCAGCAGCUGCAACUGACCGUCUGGUGGCUCCUGGAGCUCCACAUCAUCAAGAUUGUCUCAUCCUACAUCAUCUGGGUCUCCAUCAAAGAGGUGUCUCUGUUCAACUAUGUGUUCCUGGUGAGUUGGGCGUUCGCCCUGCCCUUCAGUCAGUUCAGGCCCCUGGCCUCCAGCGUCUGUACCGUCUGGACCUGCGUCAUCAUCGUCUGCAAGAUGCUCUACCAACUCACCUCUAUAAACCCCUCUACAUAUUCUAAGAACUGCUCCAUGCCUCUGAACUACACGGAUGCCCAGAGGAGUGAGAUGGCCCACUCCCUGCUCUACAGCGCCCCUGUGGACCCAGCCAACUGGGUGGGCCUCCGCAAGUUCUCCCCCCUACUGGAGAACCUGAGGAACAACCUAUUGAUACUGGCCCUGCUGGCGUUCGAGGUGACCAUCUACCGCCACCAGGACCUGUACCGCAUGAGGAACAACCUCACCACCCCUGUCACCAGAACCGUCUUCCAUGACAUCACCCGCCAACACCUCGAUGACGGCAUCCUCAACUGUGCCAAGUACUUCAUCAACUACUUCUUCUACAAGUUCGGCCUGGAGACAUGCUUCCUGUUAGCGGUGAACGUGAUUGGCCAGAGGAUGGACUUCUACGCCAUGCUCCACGCCUUCGGCCUGAUCGUGGUCAUCUACCGGCGGCGGCGAAAGGCCAUCGCUGAGAUCUGGCCCAAGUACAGCUGCUUCCUGGCCUGCAUGCUCACCUUCCAGUACUUUGUCUGCAUCGGCUUCCCCCCGGCCGCCUGCAAAGACUACCCAUGGAGGUUCCCCUCAUCCUCCACAGACUCCAACGUCAUCAAGUGGCUCUAUUUCCCUGACUUCCACACCAAGCCCAACCCCCUGUUCCUGCUCUAUGACUUCAUGCUGCUGCUGUGUGCCUCGCUGCAGAGGCAGGUGUUUGAGGAGGAGAACGAGGCUGCCGUGCGCCUCUUGGCCGGGGACAAUGUGGAGAUCUGCAGGGACCUGGACGCCGCCUCCUUCAGUCAGCACAACCCUGUCCCUGACUUCAUCCACUGCAGAUCCUACCUGGACAUGCUGAAGGUGAUCAUGUUCAGCUACCUCUUCUGGUUCGUGCUCACCAUCAUCUUCAUCACGGGCACCACGCGCAUCUCCAUCUUCUGUAUGGGCUACCUGGUGGCCUGCUUCUACUUCCUGCUCUUCGGGGGCGACCUGCUGCUCAAGCCAAUCAAAAGUAUCCUGCACUACUGGGACUUCCUGAUUGCCUACAACGUGUUUGUGAUCACCAUGAAGAACAUACUCUCAAUACUAGCCUGUGGGUACAUAAAAGUCCUGGUCACCGAUCACUGUUGGCUCAUUCAGCUCUUCAGCCUGGCCUGCACUAUAAAGGGCUAUUCUAAGCCUGAGCAGCAGACCAACAAGCAGUGUGAGUUGCCUAGCGACGAGGCAGGCAUCAUCUGGGAUAGCAUCUGUUUUGCCUUCCUGUUGCUACAGCGACGUGUUUUCAUGAGCUACUACUUCCUGCACGUGGUCGCCGACAUCCGCUCCUCACAGAUCCUCGCCUCCAGAGGGGCUGAGCUGUUCCAGGCGACCAUAGUGAAAGCUGUCAAAGCCAGGAUCGAAGUGGAGAAGAAGUCCAUGGAUCUGCUGAAGAGACAAAUGGACCGCAUCAAGAGUCGGCAGCAGAAGUUCAAGAGAGGCAAGGAGAGGAUGUUGAGCUUGGUGCAGGAAAGCGGAGAUGCCAAGGAUGAGGAGGAGGAUGAAGAUAAAGAAAAGACAGACAAAGAGAAGAGCAGGGGGAAGACAAAGAAGCAGUGGUGGAGGCCGUGGGUGGACCAUGCAUCCAUGGUGAGAAGUGGUAACUAUUACCUGUUUGAGACGGACAGUGAAGAAGAGGAGGAAGAGGAGGAUAAAAAGGAGGAAGAGACACCCAAGAAGUCUGCAUUUCAGUUUGUGUACCAUGCCUGGAUCACCGACUCCAAGACGGCCAUGAAGGAGCGCAGCAAGGAAAAACGCCACUUCUGGAAGAAAUACACUGAAGGGAGCAGCAGCAAGCCAAGGAAAGAUGACCUGAGGGAAGCAAUUCAUGUUGCUAUUGAAGUGGAGGAUCAGGAGGAGAUGGAGGAGAAGAAAGAUGGACCAGACAACAUCCUGAAGCGAGUCUUCAACAUCGUCAAGUUCUCCUGGGUGUUGUUCCUGGCCAUGUUGGACAGUUUCACAGCCUGGAUCAACUCCAUGUGUCAGGAACACCUGGACAUCUCCACCGUGCUGCGCAUCGAGCGCUGCAUGCUCACGCACGAGGUCAAAAAGGGGAACAAGCCUUCGCGGGAGAGCAUCCACGUGUACUACCGCAAGCAGAUGUGCAAGGCUGCGUCCAUUGAGUCUGGCCUGGAGAGAACCGAGGAGGAGACGUGCCAGGACUGCAUCCCCCACAAGGCCGAGCGGCAGAGCUGUGCCUAUCUGGAGAGCCAAGACUCUCUGGUGUCUCAUGACAGCCUGUCCAGUGUGUACACAGAGAACACCCUGCUCUGCUCCUGUCGCUCCACGCUGGACCACACUGAAAUGGGUCCUGACAGCGUCCAGAUGCCCAGGACCAGCGAGCGUGCCCAUCCUAAACUCUGCAAGAUGGAAGACCUGGACCUAGAGUCCACCUCCUCAGCCGACAGCGGAGGCAGCCAGGCCAGUGAGCACACCCAGUGCACAACCACCUGCUACCGCCAGGGGACCACCGACACAAUCAAAGAAACAGGAGAGAAGCCAGGCCAGGAUCUCCAGGACCCCCAAUCCUCCUACACCGAGACCCCAUCCACCUCCACCUCCAUGGGGCUGUACCUGGACCAUGAGUGGGGUCUUCUCUCCAGGUCCAGGGGUAUGGACUGGGACAGCCGGGACAGCGUCCUAGAGGCUGAACGGGCAGGGUGGGGGAGGGGACCGUGCUACGCCCACCACAGUGAGCUCCAGCUCUACCAGGCAGACCCAUCCGGUACCACCCCCACAGACACAGACAUCCCCCCCUCAUACAGCAGGGCCACGGGCCUGAACAGGGAGGGGGCCGAGCAGGUCUCAUCCAGUAGGACCCAUCACGAGAAGAGGCUAGUUGUGGUGACGCCUGACGAGAAGUCCGAUUUUCUGUCGGGCGUCACGAGCACCACGUUUCCCUCACUCACCCACGAGCUGACGGCCAACGAUCUGCUACGCAACAGGAUGUUCUACGACGAGGAGCUGGAGGACUCUGAGCGUUUCUACGGCAACCAGCCAGCGCUGCUCCAGCUGCUCUAUGCCCUUUACAACAUGCUGGUGGCCCACUCAGAGAUGGUGUGUUUCCUGGUCAUCAUCCUCAACCACAUGAUCUCAGCUUCCGUGGCCACGCUCGUCCUGCCCAUCCUGAUCUUCCUCUGGGCCAUGCUGUCUGUCCCCAGGCCCAGCAAACGCUUCUGGAUGACCGCUAUCGUCUACACAGAGGUCACCAUCGUGAUCAAGUACUUCUUUCAGUUUGGUUUCUUCCCCUUCAACCAGAACAUUGAGCUGGACAAGUCCAAACCCUUCCACCCUCCCAACAUCAUCGGUGUGGAGAAGAAGGAGGGAUAUGUGCACUAUGACCUGGUUCAGCUGCUAGCUCUGUUCUUCCACCGAUCUAUUCUCAAGUGUCAUGGGCUGUGGGAUGAGGAUGACCCCAGGGGAGGAGGGGGGGAAACCCCUAAGCAGCACCACCAUGACAGGGAGAAGAGGUCCAGCUCCAGGCGUGUGGAGAAGCAGGCCUCGGGGGGCAGCAUCUCCCUGCUGGAAUCGGUACGCGCCCGCUUCCCCCACCGCUUCCACUCCCUGUCCACCUCCACCCAGCUGUGCCGCAAGAGCUCCAGCUCCGCUUCCCACCUCUCCCAGCGCACCCUACGCUCCGGCCACUCCAGAGGAGACAGCGUGAGCUCAAGGCACAGCCUGCGGAGAGGGGGCAGCCUGCGGAGAGGGGACAGUAUGCUGAGUGUCCAGCAGAGGAGCAAGAAGGAAAGGAUCCUGGAGAAACUCAGAGAGCAGCUCAUCAAAGCCAAGUGCUUCACUGUCAAGAAAACUCUGGAGAUCUACGUCCCCAUCCGUCAGUUCUUCUACAACCUGAUCCACCCAGAGUACAGUGCUGUGACAGACGUCUAUGUGCUCAUGUUCCUGGCCGACACUGUCGACUUCAUCAUCAUCGUCUUCGGCUUCUGGGCUUUUGGGAAACACUCUGCCGCAGCUGACAUCACUUCCUCCCUGUCGGAGGACCAGGUUCCUGAGGCCUUCCUGGUGAUGGUACUGAUCCAGUUUGGCACCAUGAUCAUCGACCGAGCCCUCUAUCUUCGCAAGACUGUCAUGGGAAAAGUUAUCUUCCAGGUCAUCCUGGUGUUUGGUAUUCACUUCUGGAUGUUCUUCAUCCUGCCUGGAGUCACAGAAAGACGGUUCAGUAAGAACACAGUGGCCCAGCUGUGGUACUUUGUCAAGUGCAUCUACUUUGGCCUGUCUGCCUAUCAGAUCCGCUGUGGCUACCCCACCCGCGUCCUGGGCAACUUUCUCACCAAGAGUUACAACUACCUCAACCUCUUCCUCUUCCAAGGGUUCCGCCUGGUCCCGUUCCUGACAGAGUUGCGAGCAGUGAUGGACUGGGUGUGGACGGACACCACCCUCAGCUUGUCCAGCUGGAUCUGUGUAGAGGACAUCUACGCCCACAUCUUUGUUCUCAAGUGCUGGAGGAUGUCAGAGAAGAGGUACCCCCAGCCUCGCGGGCAGAAGAAGAAGAAGGUGGUGAAGUAUGGGAUGGGAGGUUUGAUCGUCAUGCUGCUCAUCUGCAUCGUUUGGUUCCCGCUGCUCUUCAUGUCGCUGGUCAAGUCCGUGGCCGGGGUGGUCAACAAACCUCUGGACGUAUCGGUCACCAUCACCCUGGGAGGCUUUCAGCCCAUCUUCACUAUGAGUGCCCAGCAAAAUCAACUGAAGGACAUCAGCAAAGCAGAUUUUGUAGACUUCAUGAAUUCGUACAACUACAUUCCGUCAGCGAUGCAGUUCUUGGAGGCGUACACGUCAGAGGAUGUGACUGUGGCGGAGCUGGAGGGCAGUUCCAACUCACUGUGGACCAUCAGCCCCCCCAGCAGGAAGAACCUCAUGGAUGUUCUCAGCAAGGAGGAAUACUUCCCUGUCACCAUGUCCUGGACCAUCCAGAGGAAUCUCAGUCUUGGAGCCAAAGCUGAAGUUGCGACAGAUAAACAUGUAACAUACCUUGAUAUGACAACGCGACAACAGUUAGUAGAUUUACUAAAUGGGACCAGAAACCAGGCUGUGGUCAUAGAACAAGUAUUCCCAUGCUUCCUCCGAGCUCCCAGUGACUCCAAUGCCAAACCUAUAGAACAACUCUAUAAAGACAAUGGCUACAAGAACAUCCUGCUAGACCUGGAGAGAACCCACAACAGCAGUGGUGAGAUACAGGAAUGGUGGAUCGUAGACCAGCCGUCGGCGGGACAGAUCCAGAUGAGGGGUGCGGCGGUGGGGAAGAAGAGAGAGGCGGGCCUCCAGCUCUACGUGUUCAGUGACAAAGUCAGCCCGCCCAGUCUGGGCUUCCUGGCAGGAUACGGGAUCAUGGGCCUGUAUGCCUCGGUGGUGUUGGUCAUCGGCAAGUUUGUGCGCGAGUUCUUCAGCGGCAUCUCCCAUUCCAUCAUGUUCGAGGAGCUGCCUGCCGUAGACCGCAUCCUGAAGCUGUGUACUGACAUCUUCCUGGUCAGAGAGACGGGCGAGUUGGAGCUGGAGGAAGACCUGUAUGCCAAGCUCAUCUUCCUCUACCGCUCACCAGAGACUAUGAUCAAGUGGACCAGGGACCAGAAAACUAAGUGACAGUGCCGCCUAGUGGGCGGCAGAGACAUGAAAAAGCACAAUCCAGCAGGAAGUAGCUAGCUCGCUGCGCUCCCUGUAUUUUGGUGGGAUGGUAAUAAGGGACCCUAUCCCUAUCAAGCCUGCCAUGAAAAACAUUGACCUACACAUGAAAGGUGACUUUGAAGAACAGUGGUGGCUGGUGGUACUUUAAAUGAGGAGGACGGGCUCAUAGUAAUGGCUGGAACUUAAUGAAUGUAAUGGUAUCAAACACAUCGUUUCCAU